AUGGAGCUGGACAUUCAGUGUGAGGAGAUGAGCCCGUCCAGAUGGGCUGAGCUGCUGUCCAGAAUGAGGACCUGCGAAACCAUCAGGAUGGAUGACUGCAAUCUCUCCAGCAGUAACUGUGAGGAUCUCUCCUCCAUCAUCAGUACGAAUCCAUCCCUCACAGAGCUGAAGCUGAACAACAACGAGCUGGGAGAUGCAGGCAUCCAGCACCUGUGUAAAGGGCUGCUGACACCAAACUGCAGCCUGGAGAAGUUGUGGCUGCAGAACUGCAAUCUGAGCAGUGCCAGCUGUGAGACUCUCUGCGCCGUGCUGGGCGCGCUGCCCACCCUCACAGAGCUGCACAUCGGGGACAACAAGCUGGGACCUGAUGGAGUGAAGGUGCUGUGUCAAGGGAUCAGGAACCCCAACUGUAAGCUGGAGAAGCUACACCUGGAGUACUGUGAACUCACAGGUGAUGUUAUGGAGGCUCUCAACGCCACUCUGCAAAGCAAGCCCACCCUGCAGGAGCUCAGCCUGAGCAACAACGCGCUGGGGGAUGCAGCCAUCAAGCAGCUGUGCCAGGGGCUGAUGGCAACGACCUGCAACCUGAAGAUACUACAGCUGGAGAACUGUGGCAUAACCAGCGAUAGCUGUGGGGAGAUCAGUGCUGUUCUCAGCAACAAGUCCUCACUGACAGACCUCUCCGUGGGGGAUAACAAGAUCGGGGACGCCGGGGUGGCCCUGCUGUGCCAAGGAGUGAUGCACCCCAACUGCAAAAUCCAGAAGCUGUGGUUAUGGGACUGUGAUCUCACAAGUGCCAGCUGUAAAGACCUCUCCAGACUCAUGAGUACUAAAGAGACCCUCAAUGAGCUCAGUCUGAUAGACAAUAACCUGAGCGACUCGGGGAUGGAAAUGCUGUGUGAGGCACUCAAGGAUCCCAACUGUAAACUCCAGGAGUUAUGGCUGCGGGAGUGUGGGCUCACCACGGCGUGCUGCAAGGCCAUCAGCUCAGCCCUGAGUGUCAACACCCACCUCAAAGUGCUGCACGUGGGCGAGAACAAGCUGGGAGAUGCCGGUGUGGAGCUCAUCUGUGAAGGGCUGCUGCACCCCACCUGCAACCUCCAGUCCCUGUGGCUGGGCCACUGCCGGGACCUGAGCUACAACUUCCUGGAAGACAGAGUCAUCAGGAAGCUCUGUGAAGCCGUGAGGAACCCCAGCUGCAACGUGCAGCAGUUAAUUCUUGAGCUGCUUUG